CGAUGGCGUCUUAAAAAAAAAAUACAACUUUAGUGAUCGGCGCGUAUCGUUGUACGUAUCAAGUACGUACGUAUCAGUUUUUCGUUUAUUAUAUUAUCAAAGAAAACAGUAAAUAAUGUCUGGACGCGGUAAAGGCGGUAAAGUGAAGGGGAAGGCAAAGUCACGUUCCAACCGUGCCGGUCUGCAGUUCCCCGUCGGCCGUAUUCACAGAUUGCUCAGGAAGGGCAAUUACGCGGAGCGCGUGGGCGCCGGUGCCCCGGUUUACCUGGCGGCCGUGAUGGAGUACCUGGCGGCUGAAGUUCUCGAGUUGGCCGGCAACGCGGCGCGCGACAACAAGAAGACUAGAAUUAUUCCGAGACAUCUGCAAUUGGCCAUACGUAACGACGAAGAGCUGAACAAGCUCCUCUCCGGCGUGACCAUAGCACAGGGCGGUGUAUUGCCUAACAUUCAGGCGGUGCUGCUGCCCAAGAAGACGGAGAAGAAGGCCUAAUUGGAUUGCAUUGCAUUGCAUUUACCAAUAACGCUACAAUUACAUAUUUUUAUGUAUGUUCAUCAUAAUAAUAUUAUGAAUUGUUCAAAAGGCCCUUUUCAGGGCCGCAA